ACUUUAUACUCUCAAAUUCCAAGCCCUAGACAGACAACGACGAGGAGAUCUCAGAUUCCUCUCCUCUCUCGGAUGGAUUGGCAAGGGCAGAAGCUAGCAGAGCAGUUGAUGCAAAUUCUGCUUGUCGGUUUUGCGGUGGUGGCAUUUGCAACAGGCUAUGCAUUGGGUUCAUUCCAGACAAUGUUACUAGUUUUUGCCUCGGGGGUAGUUAUCACCACUUUGAUCACUGUUCCCAAUUGGCCUCUCUUCAAUCAACACCCUCUCAAUUGGCUGGAUCCAAGUGAGGCUGAAAAGCAUCCAAAGCCGCAUGCAGCUAAUUCUAGUUCGAAGAAGAAGACCAAUAAGAAGUAGGUCUUUUUCACUAAUUGUAAUGAGCCUCUAGGUUUUAAGGACUUUCCGGAUGUAAUAGGUAUCUGUCUCUGUGCUUUUUUGCUCAAUGGGCCAACUUUGUAGCCUUGAUUUUACAUCUUUAUACAAUUACAGAAGGAUUUCUUUUUGGGGCUUUCA